UGAUGUGCACAAAUGAUUAGAUGAUAUGGAGUUUGAACAAGCAGGUUUUGAGAAUUUCAAUUCUGAUCUGAGAUGCAAAUGGCCCUGCAGUAUCCUGCCCUUUUAGGCUUUUAGGAAAUUCUCCAAACUGCUUUUUCAAACCCACACUGAUUCUUUUAGUGAAUUCUGUCAUAUCUUCCAGUACAUCUGUUAGUGUUAUUGCUUCAAUGUAAUUGCAUUAAUCCACAAUACCUUGGUCUUCUGUAGUUCUGAUCCCUGGACAGGACUCUGCAUGCCAUGCCGUAGUGGGUUGCCCUUGUGGGUUCUCUCUUUGGCGUUUUUGGAAUUUGAAUGCAAAAAAUAGUGGCCCAUCCUACUACUCAAAAGUCCACCCCUGUUGAAAGAUUCUGGGUACGCUUCUGUUUCGCUUUUAAAGGGUUUCAAAGAAUGUAAACGAACGUCAGAGGAGUGGUGAAAAGAGAAGAAAAGGAGAGCAUAACAGUGAUGAUUGCUGUGAAAAUGUUGGCCCAUGCCGUGCUGACAUUCCUCUGUGUAGGGCUGGUCUCUGCAACAGUUGUCUGCCCAGAUGGGGGUCUGUGUCCAGACAAGAACACCUGCUGCCUGACCACGAGAGGAUAUGGCUGCUGCAACGAUCCCUUUGCUGUCUGUUGUUCUGACCAGUUGCACUGUUGCCCAGCUGGCUACCGUUGUGGUGAUGCAGCUCAGUCGUGUGUAAAAGAUGGCCUGCCAUGGUUCAGACUGCAGUGGACAAUGAACUCGCCUGCCAAGGAGCCUGAAACUGGCCCUCUUAAGCUCUCCCUUCCUGAUUCUGAGACAAACGCCAUUCAGGAGAGGCCUACAGACCUGUCUGUGGUAUGGUGUAACGAUAACCACACCACUCACUGCCCUGAUGGUACAACAUGCUGUUUAAGCCCUUAUUUUGGCUGGGGUUGCUGUAACCACCCACUUGCGCAGUGCUGUAGUGAUGGCAUCCACUGCUGUCCACAUGGCUACUACUGUGACAGCACCUCUACCCAGUGUCUGAGAGGUGGUGGUCAGCGCAGAUCUGCUACCUAUGUGAGGGGAAACGCCAACAUCCAUACAUAGAGCACCUGUGAUACUGCAACACUGCUAUGGGUCUCAUGUGCAGAACUUCACAUCAGUGGGAUUCAUCCAUCAGCGCUUAGGAUGUACACUGCUCAGUCUUUCAUUGUCUGUCAUUGCUCCCUGUUCAGUGUUAGCUUCAUUCAAAUAACACCCAUAGAUGAAAUGAUAAGGUUCAUAUAUCCAUCAAAAGAACCAUUUAAAAUAAAAAUGUUACAUGUUUCAGCAUUA